UGCCCGGCAGUGUGCUGCAGGAACGCGCGUGGCUAGUUGAACAUGUCCCCUCUGUGUCCCGGCUCGCUGGAUCUGGUCUCGACAGCUGCUGUUGCCAUCAGACCACUGACUCAGCAAUUUACGGAGAGGCGGGGCCUCCAAGGCCUUGAAUAUAGAAGUGCCAUCAAACAGUUAAGAAUGCAGCCAUAUCAAGUGGACUAGGAUACACCUCCCCACCCCAACCUCCCGAUGGCAUCUGAGGCAGAGCCCCGCCCCCUGGGCACGUUUGAGUGCCAGCUUUGUGCCUUAUCAGCUCCUUACAGCUAUGUGGGGCAGAAGCCCCCAGACACCCAGGCUGUUGUCCUCCUGGAGGAGAGCUACAUCAUGAAGGACCCCUUCUCCUCAGACAAGGCCAGGUUUCUGGUCCUCGGCUCUCGGUGCAGUGUGUGCAGCAGGCUGGUGUGUGUGGGCCCGGACUGCAGCCUGUUCUACUCCAAGAGGGUCUGCCUCCCCUGUGUCCAGGAGAACAUGAGUGCUUUCCCUCAGGAAAUCCAGCAGGAUGUGGAGAAGAGAAAGAGUGCCAGCAAGAAGCACUCCAGCCGUCCCUGACUGGCAGGGGCACAGCCAGGAUUCCUGCGAAGCAUUGGGCUGGGCUCAGCCAGGAUUCAGGCUGGGAGCUGUGGACCCAGUCUUCUUUGAACUGGGUAGAUACCUCCAGCCUCAGAAGCUGAGGAACUGGCCAGGACUGAGGACAGACAUCAGGGGUGUAUCCAGCUGGAGCUCUAGGUCUGGCCUCUGGAGGCCAGGAGAGAGGGAGAGGGACCUCCUUCGCUUGACAGCUGGUAGACACUUCCUGUAGAUGUACACGUGGGAAGACACCUAGCUUCUCUCCAGACUUCCAAACAACACAAUGUCCUCUGUCUAGGGAAUUCAGCCUCCAAGGGACAGAGGGUAAAGCAAGGGUUACGUCACAUUCUUGUAACUCCUCGGAAAUGAUUUAAACCUUGACUCUGUAUCAUAUUUAUCAUUAAAAACCUGAAGGAUAA